AUGUCCCCCCAGUCACUGCGUGCACAUGUAGGAGAAACAAUUAAUGUGACUUGCCCAGCCCGUAAUUCUGGGCCGGGAACCAGAAAGUUUGUCUGUAAGAAACCAUGCGGUGGGAAUGACGUCAGCAUCAAGUCUGAUCAGCCAUCGCAUGGGAGAUACACAGUGGAGAACUCAGAAACAGGACAGUUCAUUGUGACCAUCAGUAAACUGCAGAAGUCAGAUGCUGGGACAUACCGGUGUGGAGUGGGCGGCUUUAUGUAUCAUGACGUGGAUGUCACAGUUGUGGGCGAUGAUGAAAUUACCACUUCUGUUUUGAAGACGACUACUCAGCCCGCUGUGACAGAUCAUACAGGUGAGAGGUUUGUGAUGUCCCCCCAGUCACUGCGUGCACAUGUAGGAGAAACAAUUAAUGUGACUUGCCCAGCCCGUAAUUCUGGGCCGGGAACCAGAAAGUUUGUCUGUAAGAAACCAUGCGGUGGGAAUGACGUCAGCAUCAAGUCUGAUCAGCCAUCGCAUGGGAGAUACACAGUGGAGAACUCAGAAACAGGACAGUUCAUUGUGACCAUCAGUAAACUGCAGAAGUCAGAUGCUGGGACAUACCGGUGUGGAGUGGGCGGCUUUAUGUAUCAUGACGUGGAUGUCACAGUUGUGGGCGAUGAUGAAAUUACCACUUCUGUUUUGAAGACGACUACUCAGCCCGCUGUGACAGAUCAUACAGGUGAGAGGUUUGUGAUGUCCCCCCAGUCACUGCGUGCACAUGUAGGAGAAACAAUUAAUGUGACUUGCCCAGCCCGUAAUUCUGGGCCGGGAACCAGAAAGUUUGUCUGUAAGAAACCAUGCGGUGGGAAUUGA